AAUUAGUUUCUGUUUUUAACCCUAUUAAUUAGCACCCCCAAAAGCUUUAAUUCGAAUCUUAUAUCAAACUCAUUAACUAACAAAACGAACCACACAUACCAUGCUUCGUUUUGUCAGAUAUAUUGACACCUUUUUGGCCAUCUUCUUUCUCCUUCUCCUCCUUCAACUCCCUUGCUUAUUUCCCGCCAGAAAAAUCCCCGACCCGUUAACUGAAUUAACCGUCGUCGACGUCCAUGACGACAACAACUGGCGGGGAUUCAUCAACUUCCUCGACCUUGGAAAGGGGAGUCAGGUUGCUGGCAUGUCGGAGCUCAAGAAGUACUUUAACCGUUUUGGAUACCUUUCGGAGAGGAAAGAGUUGAAUUUCACGGAUUUAUUUGAUGAGGAGCUGGAGUCUGCGGUUCUCCGGUUCCAGAAGAAUCUUGGGUUGACGGCGACGGGGAAGCUCGACUCCGAUACCGUGAAGGAAAUCAUGCGGCCUAGGUGCGGCAACAGCGACGAUCACGCCGCGCAACGUACGCUGCAUGCGAGGAAGAACUACGCGUACUUUUACGGGAAGCCGCGGUGGAGGGGAUCGCCGUCGCCGACGAGGUUACUGACGUACGCGUUCUCGCCGGAGAACAUGAUCGACUACAUACCCAUGCCGGAGAUAAAAUCGGUGUUCCGGAAGGCGUUCUCGCGGUGGUCCGCGGCGAUCCCGCUGAACUUCACGGAGGCGGACGACUACCCGUCGGCGGACAUCAAGAUAGGGUUCUACUACGGCAGCCACGGCGACGGCGAGCCGUUCGACGGGGUGCUGGGGAUACUAGCCCACGCCUUCUCGCCGGAGAACGGGAGGUUCCACCUUGACGCCGCCGAGACCUGGGCAGUUGACUUCGAUCACCAAAAAGCAAAGGCGGCGGUGGACUUGGAAUCCGUGGCGACGCACGAAAUCGGACAUAUUCUGGGGCUGGCCCACUCCUCAGUCAAAGAAGCCAUCAUGUACCCGAGUUUGAGCCCCAGAACUAAGAAAGUGGGUCUGCGGAUUGAUGACGUGGAAGGGAUCCAAGCCUUAUACGGCUCCAACCCCAAUUUCAAGUACAGUUCUUUAUUGUCGUCCGAUAUUUCCUCCGCUUGGCGUAAUGCCUUUCCACAAACAUCAUUAAAGUGGACCACUUUCUUCGUGGUCCUACUUUUUAUAAUUUCGAGAUAACUCAAUAACAAAGGUCAAAUAUAAGUGCAUACAAUGAGUCUGCUGUAAAGUCUCGAACCUUGGUCUCUUCGAGCGAGCUAAGCCCGGGCUUCUUAAUUAGGUUCUCUUUUCACACUUGGAUAGUUUUCUUGUAUUAGUUUGAUUGAAAUCUGUAUAGAUACAUACAUAUAUACUCAAAACAAAACAACAUACAUUCUUUACAUAGUAAUGAAAUUUUUUACUUUUU